GGAAAAUAUCCAAAGUCUAAUGUUGUAAAGAUGUUCUGAUCGUCUGAGUCUGCCUCCCUGGGACUGAGGCGGAUCCAGAGGGCACAUCACAGCUGGACGCUCAGAACAGAGGUCCCGGGGCCAGCCAGGGUCCUUGGCCUGAGUCAUGGCAACAGAAGCCAAUCGAGCAGCCACAGUUACCCCCAGGUCUGGAACUGAAGGGCUCCCUCCGUGGCAGGGCCUCAGCCACCCCCAGCCUGGCCAGACAGAUCAACCCCAGAAAGUCCCGCCCCAGGAGAAGCCCAGGAGGAGGAGCCGCCGUCUCAAGGAGCUGGGGGCCUGCCAUGUUGUCGUCGCUCUGCUGUACGUGUUCCUUGGGGGUUACCUGGCCGCCAUCGUCCAGAGCCUUCACCUGGUGGUGCUGAAGUCUUGGUAUCCGUUCUGGGGGGCUGCUUCUUUCCUCAUUUCAGGGAUCUUGGCAAUAACAAUGGAGACAUUUCAGAAAAAUUACCUGGCGGCGUGCCUGACAGCAAAUGCCAUCAGCUUCUUCUGUGUGCUCUGUGGCCUCUUUGUCAUCGCCAAGGAUCUCUUUCUGGAGAGCCCAUUUGACUUCCCUGUCUGGAAACCAUACCCCAACGACACAGUCCACAUCCAGAGGCUGGUGCUGGCCCUGCUCUGCGUCACCUGCCUGGAGGUCUUCCUGCCGGGGCUCAUGGCCAUCCUGGCCUAUAGGGAUACCCGCCUGGCUGCAGAGAAGGAUGACCUGUCCCUUGGCCCUGACAUGCUGUUGGAGCUCAGGGGGUCUCCGAUGACACCUCCACCAUCCUAUGACGAUGUGACUAAAGGCAACGGGUGGCAGGAGCAGAAGCAGAUGUGAAGAGGCACUGGCUCCACGCACCAUCAGAAUUCACCCACUGGUCCCUUGUCCUGGACAGAUUAAGGACCAAUUCCAAGGGGCGGUUACCAGAAGGGGGCAAACGGUACCAUGGCUAAAAACGUCUGCCCCAUGCUGGUGGCCAGGGAGGGGAAGUCCCCAUUCUGUCUGGCAUGGGAGGGACCUCCAGGUCCCCACGCCCCGUAACAUCCCAGCUGGACCAGAACACAACUGGGUCCUGCCCACCCACCCAGGCAGACACGGGAACAGACCCCUGGGUCCGCAGCCCCCUCCCCCACCCUCCUUGUCUGCUUCCCCCAGUCCCUGGUGGGCACAUAGACAUCCUGUCCACGUGGGGCUGUGCCUGAAGAGGAGAAGGGUCCUCAGAGCCCAGAUGGGCACCGUUUUCCCUGGACUCGACCUACCAAGGGGUCUCUACAAACACUUGUGUUUGAAUCCCUGGAUUCGGGGUGGAAACAGCAGGGGCAAUCAGACAGAAACUAUGACCAGUUCUUCCUCCCAAACCAUCAGCAUGUCUCCCCGCCCCCACCCCGGGGCCUCAGUGUCUCCAUCUGUACAGGGAAGGGGCGGGUGGAAGAUGUGACCAGGACCUACCUGCUGGGAAGUUCUGAGAUCAGAGUCAAGUUCACUCAAGGUUAUCAAGGAAGCAUCAGCAUCAGAAUUCCACACCUCCUUGUGCUGAGCGAAUAGUGGGGAGAGAGACCUACCUUCCUCAUUUCCCAAAUUUUCAGUCAUCCAAGGGCCGACCUUACAAAUUUGGUCUAUUUGUGGACUGUGCUGUAUUCCCUUUAUGUUCCCUUAAAUUGCCUUUUUUUCUCAUGCACUAUUAUGUGAGGGGUAAUUUGCAUCAGCAACAAACAGGAAGUCUGUACCUAUCCAUACAAAGAAGCCAACCACAAAAAUCACGUAAACACGGUAAAAAUAAAACAAAAG